AUGAGCCCGCUCGCCAUGGGCGCGAUCGUGACAGGCGGAACGCCUCGCCUUCACAAUUGGGAGGGCGCCUACUGCCCCUACGAACGCGAUGAAAGUGGCCGCUUGAAAUACUCGCAGCAGUCCAGCUUCGGUCUGAGCCAAAGCGGCGAGCUGGCCUUCAACUGGUCCACAGGCCAGUGGUGUUUGACAGCCAAGAUUUGGUUCAAGGAAUGGGUGACCUGCGUGGACAGCACGGUGGCAGAAGUCUUGGACGAUGGGGUGCUGCAUGGCCCAAGCUGGUCAGCGGUGCCGGUCACGGACUUCGAUGGAGAAUACCUCCCGCAGGGUCCAAUCGAGCGGGACUUCUCGCCACCACGGCAGCCACCGAGGCCCAAGCCGAAGUUGCUCACCUUCGCCUCCAGCGAAGCCCAAGUCGCGGAAGAGUGCAAGGAGCUGGUCCCCGACUGGGAGAAUGUCAGCAAAGAGUUGCCAGCGAGCAAUCCAUGCCAAUUUGUGUCGGGAAAGCCCUGGGCCAAGAACCCGCAAAAAGCGGCUUUGGAAGAUGAAGGCGAGGGCUAUGCCAGCUACUGGGACACGGUGAACCAUGUUGGAGACUCCGGCUUCAGCUACGAGCAGGUCUUGGAUUGCUUCGCUCGAGAGGAUGCACGGAACCGAAUGGAUUUAGAGGACGAGUACGAUGCCGCCAAAGUCAUCAAAAGCAUGAACGAGAUCAACGUCUUUCUCCACGCCACCUGCUCUGCGGUGCCAUCUUCGGUCCUCUCCCCCUUCGGCCUGGGAAUCAUGGAGCACUGGGGCGACAUUUGCAGCUCUGUGAUCUCAGAGGGACUUGUCGAGAGCAACAACUGGUACCAUGAAACACGGACUGCGAGGAAGAUCUUUGAGCGCGCAGAUGCCGCUCAGAAUGACUGCAUCGGUGCGGCUGCUGCAUUCGCCCGGGUGGUCUGCGACCUUCACUGCGUGAAGGAUGCCAUCCAAAGUGGCAAUCUGGCGGUGCGCCAGUCCUUAGAGCAGGCCGUUGCGGUGCUCAACAGGAACUUCGACCUCCUGACCGAGUACUCGACCGAGAAGUUGACUUCCAAGUUGGAUGCCUUGAAGGACGAGAUCAGCGACCUGAGCCCAGACGCAGCAGGGGACGGCUUGGACUUGCAGGGCAUCCGACGGUCGCUGAAUUCGAGGCUGGCGCGGCUGCACAAGCUCCUGUCCUUUGGUCGGCUCAGUGCUGCGGGGCGCUCCUCCUCAGAGCGAGCCCUGCGGAGCUUUAUGGUCGGCCUGGAUCCCUCUCGGCAGUCCAAUGCCAGCCGAAAUCUGCAGCACCUGAUCGACAAAGAAGAAAUGCUGCACGGCGCCCUGCUCUCCGCCAGUGGGCAGGGCUUGGAGCGAGGCAGCCAUGCGGUGGCGGAAGAGGUGACGACGGCUGCCAAGGCCAUGGAGACCCUGUCGCGCUCCCGGAAUCAUCUGCUUGGCGUCUACCACCACCGUUCGGAAGAGUGGAAGCAGCGGCAAAGAAAGCAGCGCGCGGCAAUCCGACUGAGGGAUGACAGCACCGCUUGGCUGCUUGUGGAGCUCGACAGCACAUGGUGGCAGCUGAGAGCGGCUUUCGAUAAGUACCUGACGCAAGCCAAGAGCUAUUCACUGGCCUUUUCCGAUGCAGUGAGACUCCUCCAGUCGUACAUCUCUUGCUCAAUCCAGUUUGUGGAUCUACGUGCAGGCUUCGGGGCCUUUCAGAAGGUGGAGGCUCUCCACGAGGAGGCGCUGCAAGAAGCUUGGUCAGCUAUGAUACCUCUGGCAGGUUUACUGGUCUCCAAGGUUCUGGACAGCCGUGCCAUGACCAAGCUGAGCAAGGAGGAUUCGGAGACGCUGGCCUUGGGCAUGAGCUCCGAGAGCUGCGGAAGCUUCGACGCCGUUGUCAACCGGAGCUUCGACGAGGGCCUGUCCGGGCAGACGGCCCGGCAAAUGAGCAUCCUCUUUAAGGAGCUCGGGCUGCUGCGGAGAGCCUUCGAAACCAAGGGUGCUGCUCCGCAGGAUCCAGAGGUCUUGGAGCAGUUGCUGGACCGUGCGCGGGAAGCCUUGGAGGAGAGACUUGCGGUACGACGAGUCCUGGCUGAGCGCAUGCGGCCACAGCUCUGUGGCAAUCACUCUGCGUGGAUCUCUGAUGACGGCACGAAGUGA